UACCGCUUCCCCUCAAACUCUGCGCGCCAAAUGCUCGAACACCUUCCCGCCAAAGCCACGCCCGCACAUUCACAAUAGAUCUGCGCUCUCUGCCCUUUGUGUGUGAGAUUGUGAGGAGAGAGAGGGAGAGAUAGAGAGGGGGGAGAGCAAGCGAGUGAAGGAGGGAGCGAAAGGCGAAGCCAUGGAGGACGCGCCCGCCGAUGCUGCUGCAUCUGGCCGCCGCACGCGCACCCGGGGUCCCGAGGCGGUGGGGCGCUCCGCGGCGCUCGAGCGCCUCCGCGCCAUCCGCAGUGGGGGCGCCCGCGCCGCCGCCGCUGCCCAGGUGAAGAUGGAGGACCCGAUCUAUGACACCGUCGCCGAGGACGACUACGCCGCCCUGGUCGCCCGCCGCCGCAAGGACGCCGGCGCCUUCAUCAUCGACGACGACGGCCUCGGCUACGUCGACGACGGCCGCGAGGAGGACUGGACCCACCGCGCCCUCCCCUCCUCCUCCGACGAGGGAUCCGACGGCGAGGAUGGCGCCUCCCGUAAGCGGAAGCAGCCGCGCCCUCCCCAGGCAAAGCGCCCGCCCCAGCAGUCCGCUGCGGCGGCGUCCCUCUCCGCCGCUGCUGCCAUGAUGGGUAAGCAGCGGCUCUCCUCCAUGUUCACCUCCUCCGUUUUUAAGAAGCCUGGCAGCGACCGCACCAAAGGCUCGCCGGCCGCAGACAGCAUCGUAGAUGACGUCAUCGCCGAAUUCGCUCCUGACGAUAACGACCGUGAGGAGCGUCGUCGUCGUGUUGGUAGAAUCUGUGCCCCAACACCGCCGCCUGCACCAGUUGCUCACAUUAAGGCCGUAAAGGCAGCUGCUGUAGCUGCUGAAUUGGGGUUUAGAUCAGAUUAUGGGUCUGAACCUGAUGGGGUUUCAGACCAUGGGAAUGAUAUGGAUGUGGAAUUGAAGCCAGAGGUGGAAUUGAGGUCUGAUGUGGAAGCACAACCUGAAUUGGUAGCAACUUCAGAUUCUAGAGCUGAAUUGGCAGAUGUAAAUAAGAGCUCAGAGGAACUGAAGCAGGAGGCUAAUGGAGAAGUGAAGAUAGAGAAGGUGCACCGUCUGAAUGCAAAGAUUAAGGCAGAGAACAGUAGGAAUGGGGAUAUGUCGAGUGCAACAGCAGGUUGGAUGAAGAUAUGUGGUGAGGGGGAGAAUGCAGGUGUUGAGGGAGGGGUGGCCGUUGAUGGUAACACCGAUGUGGAUGAAAGCUCAGAGUUUGAGCUGAAGGAUGGAGCACUGCCAUUUUACAUACUGGAUGCUUAUGAGGAGCCCUUUGGUGUUAAUUCAGGCACAUUGUAUUUGUUUGGAAAGGUGGAAAUAGGCAAGCGGUUCCAUAGUUGCUGUGUUGUUGUAAAGAAUAUGCAGAGGUGCAUAUACGCAAUCCCAAGCAGUUCAGUAUUCCCAAGGGACAAUAUAUCAAGGAUAGAGAGGAACUCCACAAGCUCUGAUGCCUCGUCAUCACUUCGAGCAACUUUACAUGAGUUGGCAUCUGGAUUAAAGGGUGAAAUUGCUGACAAGUUGUCUGAUCUCAACAUUUCAAAUUUUGUAAUGACUCCAGUCAAGAGGAACUACGCAUUUGAAAGGACGGAUUUACCAAAUGGUGAGCAGUAUGUCCUGAAAAUCAAUUACCCAUACAAGGAUACAACGCUACCAGCAGACCUUAGAGGUGAACAUUUCCAUGCUUUACUCGGGACAAACAACAGUGCUCUUGAACUGUUUCUCAUAAAAAGGAAGAUCAAGGGUCCUUCAUGGCUAUCAAUUUCUAAAUUUGGGACAUGUCCAUCUACUCAGCGGGUCAGCUGGUGUAAAUUUGAAGUUACUGUUGAUUGUCCAAAAGACAUUUCUGUUUUGAUGACAAGUGCCUCACUGGAAGUUCCUCCAGUUGUAGUAGCAGCAGUUAAUCUUAAAACCAUCAUAAACGAGAAACACAAUGUGCACGAGAUUGUGUCAGCAUCAGUCAUAUGCUGUCACCGGGCGAAAAUUGAUAGUCCAAUGCGUUCUGAAGAUUGGCAGAAACGAGGAAUGCUCAGCCAUUUUACUGUGAUGCGCAAGCUUGAAGGUAGCAUAUUUCCUAUAGGCCUCACCAAGGAAGCUUCUGAUAGAAACCAGAAGGCUGGUAGCAACGUGCUGGCACUAGAAAGCAGUGAACGCGCUCUGUUAAAUCGCUUGAUGAUUGAGCUUAGCAAACUUGAUUGUGAUGUACUUGUGGGGCACAACAUUUCGGGAUUCGACCUGGAUGUCCUUUUGCACCGUGCUCAGACCUGCAAAGUACCAAGCAGCAUGUGGUCCAAGAUCGGUCGACUUAGAAGAUCAAUAAUGCCCAGGCUUACCAAAGGAAACACACUAUAUGGUUCUGGAGCCAGCCCAGGAAUUAUGUCCUGUAUUGCUGGUCGGCUCCUCUGUGACACCUACUUAUGCUCUCGCGAUCUUCUUAGGGAGGUUAGUUAUUCUUUGACGCAACUUGCAGAGACACAAUUGAAAAAGGACAGGAGAGAGGUUUCUCCACAUGAUAUACCUCCAAUGUUCCAAUCAUCGGGAACACUUCUGAAGCUGGUUGAAUAUGGCGAGACUGAUGCAUGGCUUUCUUUGGAGCUCAUGUUCCACUUGAGUGUCCUCCCACUUACACGUCAACUGACAAAUAUUAGUGGCAAUCUUUGGGGAAAAACUCUCCAGGGUGCUAGAGCUCAGAGGGUAGAAUAUCUACUGUUGCAUUCAUUCCAUGCAAAAAAGUUCAUUGUACCGGAUAAGUUUGCACGCAACAAGGAGCUGAACUCUGCAAAGCGAAAAAUCAGUGCUGAUACUGAAGGUGCAAAUGCUGCUGACGGUGCUGCUGAUCCUUCCAUUGAUGACGAGGUGCAUCAUGGUGAUCAAGGUAAAGCAAGAAAAGGUCCUUCAUAUGCUGGUGGCUUGGUUUUGGAGCCAAAGAAAGGUCUUUAUGACAAGUAUAUUCUACUUCUGGACUUCAACAGUCUUUAUCCUUCAAUUAUUCAGGAAUUCAAUAUCUGCUUCACCACUGUUGAGCGUUCUUCUGAUGGCAAUCUCCCGAACUUGCCAACUUCCAAGGUUACUGGUGUUUUACCGGAGUUGUUGAAGAGUUUGGUGGAGAGGAGAAGAAUGGUUAAAUCGUGGCUCAAGACUGCUUCUGGUCUCAAAAGGCAGCAAUUUGAUAUUCAACAGCAAGCUUUGAAGCUUACUGCAAAUAGCAUGUACGGUUGCUUGGGAUUUUCCAAUUCUAGAUUUUUUGCAAAGCCACUUGCUGAGCUUAUUACACUACAGGGGAGAGAGAUCUUGCAGAACACUGUUGAUCUGGUUCAGAAUAAUUUAAACUUGGAGGUUAUUUAUGGUGACACGGACUCCAUAAUGAUACAUACUGGACUGGAUGACAUCUCUAGGGCAAAAGCAAUUGCAGGAAAAGUCAUUCAGGAGGUGAACAAGAAGUACCGUUGUCUGGAGAUUGAUCUUGAUGGUGUAUACAAAAGGAUGUUGCUUCUCAAAAAGAAGAAAUAUGCUGCCAUUAAAGUGGCACUAGAUGGUAGUUUACGAGAGAACAUUGAGCGCAAGGGACUUGAUAUGGUCAGGCGUGAUUGGAGUUUGCUGUCAAAAGAAAUUGGCGAUUUUUGCCUGAAUCAGAUUUUGUCUGGAGGGACAUGUGAUGAUGUUGUUGAGUCUAUACAUAAUUCUCUUGUCCAGGUGCAAGAGCAGAUGAAAAGUGGUCAAAUAGAGCUUGAAAAGUAUAUCAUCACAAAGAGCCUAACAAAAGCGCCUGAGGAUUAUCCAGAUGCUAAAAACCAGCCUCAUGUCCAGGUUGCUUUAAGACUGAAACAAAAUGGUUUCUCUGGGUGUUCAGCAGGUGAUACAGUUCCUUAUAUAAUUUGCUCGCAACAGGAUUCAGAUAAUACACAUUCUGGGGGAAUAGCUCAAAGAGCUAGACAUCCUGAUGAGCUGAAAAGAGACCCCAACAAGUGGAUGAUUGACAUCGAUUAUUAUUUGUCACAGCAGAUCCAUCCUGUUGUUUCUCGUCUGUGUGCUUCAAUUGAGGGUACUAGCCCAGCCCGUCUGGCUGAAUGUCUCGGACUUGAUUCAUCCAAGUUCCAAUCAAGAUUGACCGGGUCUACCAACCAAGAUAUGUCUAGCAUGCUAUUAUCUGUAAUUGAUGAUGAAAAUGAGAGAUAUCGUGGCUGUGAGCCACUGCGCUUAUCAUGCCCAAGCUGUUCCGGUACAUUUGAGUGCCCCCCUGUAUCUAGUCUGAUUGCUAGUCCAUCAGAUGCAAAUGAAGGAAAAGAUGUUAAUGUUAAUUUCUGGCGUCGGAUGCGGUGCCCAAGAUGUCCAGAUGACAGUGAUGAGUGCAGAAUUUCUCCUGCUGUGCUCGCCAACCAGAUAAAAAGACAGGCUGAUAAUUUCAUCAAUCAGUAUUAUAAAGGUUUACUGAUUUGUGAUGAUGAGGGUUGCAAAUAUUCAACUCAUAUCGUGAACCUUAGAGUGAUGGGGGAUUCUGAGAGAGGCACCAUCUGCCCAAACUACCCACGCUGCAAUGGUCGUCUAGUAAGACAGUACACCGAGGCAGAUCUAUACAGGCAAUUAUCCUACUUUUGCUAUGUGCUUGAUGCAACACGGUGUCUUGAGAAGCUGGACCAGAAGUCACGGCUUCCUUUUGAGAAAGAAUUUGUGGGAUUAAGCCAAACCACAAACUUGGCAUUUAUGGAGAUCCAGAAAAUCCGAGACAGAUGUGCAUUUGGAUGGGUUCAACUGACAGAUCUAGCAGUAUCAAUCUGAUGAAAUACUGUUUGCUUUAAUCUCAAGCAUUGUUGAACUGAGCAAGAAGCUCCUCAUGAGCUGUGGGACAUUAUGUUGUUGAAACUAGAUCUCUCGUUGAGACCUAAAGGACAGGAGUCCAAGUGAUGACCUGGCCAGUUGCCUCAGUUAGAUUGGUUUCCCGGUGACCGGUGUAUAAAGGAUGGAGUUUCCCACAGCAUGUCGAAUUCAAAUACAAAUGGUCUAACCAAUUGUUUCAGAGAAGACCCUGGUCAGUACCUUCACUAGAUUUUCAAUGUGUAUUGUAUUACUGUUGUAAAUAUGGGGCAUCAAUAAAUUCCAUGGUUCGUGUAGCAAGACUUUGUAUACCAAACUUCUCAAAUUAUAAUCAAUCUAGUGGUUCCUACUGAUUGUCAUAUC